UUAGUCUCUCAGUUAUAUGAAGCGAUUGAAUGGGUGACGGCCGUCGUACGGCCUGAGAUAUAAAGUUGGGGAAAAGCCCUCACCAACAAAAUCUGCAGAUCGAGUGAAAGAUGGGGAAAGGGGAUACGCGCAUGGGGGGGAUGGAGGUGGAGGAAGUUCCGGUGCAUCUACCGCCACAGAUUCCAAGUCAGGAGCCGCGAUACCAGAUCAAACCCAUGGAAUAUGUCAUAUCCGCACUCAUCGGCGGACUCAUUACGACAAUUGUGGUGACGCCCUUGGAGGUGGUAAAGACACGGGUCCAGACCCAGCAUGCGAUGCGCCAUAAGCCGACUAUCUCCAAGAUGUGCUACGUUUUCCACAAUGGCCUGAUGACGCAUGUCUGCAAACCAAACACCGAAUGCGUGCCAAAGCCCGGAAGGGACAUCAACAACAUGCGUCCGCUACGCGGGGCCAUGGAUGCGCUACUUAAAAUAGUGUGCGGCAGCGGAAUAGCCGGCCUCUGGUCUGGCCUGAGUCCCACACUCAUAUCGGCCCUGCCUUCCACAAUUAUCUACUUCCUCACCUACGAGUACCUGAACAGCUCGUUCUCCAAACUCUACACAAACUCCCGUCAAAGCAGUCAAACAGUGGAGACAGGCCUUAAGGGGUCAUUUGAUUUGGCACAGGCACCUUUGGCGGUGCCGUAUUUUGUUCCAAUGGCCUCCGGCAUUUGCUCGCGCACCAUAGUUGUAACGGCAAUCACGCCGAUUGAGAUGGUCCGCAUCAAGAUGCAAUCGGGCUACAUAACAUACGAGGAGCUGUGGCGAGUGAUGCGCACCCUGGUGCGACAGCACGGCGUGCUGGGCCUCUGGCGCGGUUGGCCGCCCACCGUAAUGCGGGACGCGCCCUUUUCUGGAACGUACUGGGCGACGUAUGAGUCAAUAAAACGGAGCUUUGCCGUGACUGAGCCUACGUUCUGGUUCAGCUUUUUUUCGGGUGCAGUGUCCGGAGCGCUGGCCACCUUCGUGACGAUGCCGUUCGAUUUGAUCACGACGCACACGCAGAUUGAGCUGGGCCAGGAUGUUCUCUAUAAAGAUUUGUCAUCAGGAGGCAAAACAAAAAAUGCAGACAAAGCCAGACCGUCGGUCUUCUCACGCCUCGCAGAUAUCUACCGCCAGCAAGGCGUCCGUGGGCUCUACAUGGGCGUUAUGCCUCGCAUCCUGCGCGUGGUGCCAGCCUGCGCCAUCAUGAUUUCAACGUUUGAAUACAGCAAAGCCUUCUUUUCUCACCAUAAGCUCGAUAUGAAGUAAACUGGAAGGUGCCUCAGGCGCCCAGACGUUAAAGUUUUUAUUGUGAAUGGUGAGGCUCAAGCGAAGCUUGAAGGUUUUUAUAUGAAGUUUCAUACAAAAGUAGGAUCAAUUAUACCAAAGUUGUCACGACGAUAAUGUUUUAUCA